ACGUUUGAUCAUCGUUCACCUCUCGCGCGGAAGUUUGUGUUUACCAUGAAGUCUUCUUCUGAUUCUAAUUAUCUAUCUCUGUCUGCCAUUGGAGGCUUGAAGGGACAACGAGGCUCUUCUCUCAGCUUCGAAAACAUCGACGUUGUAGUCAAUGAAAGAGAGAAGAAGAUCCUACACUCAGUAACAGGAAGCGUAAAACCAGGAGAAAUGCUGGCGAUUAUGGGACCGAGUGGGGCAGGAAAGACGACACUCUUGAAUGUACUGGCUGGACGUCUAAAGUCAGCUUACAGUCAGACAGGCCUGAUCUGUGUGGACAAUGAACCUCUUAACAAACGGCUGAAGAGGAAAGUGUCAUAUGUUCUCCAGGCUGAUGUAUUCUUCUCUUUUCUCACUUUGAAGCAAACUUUGAUGUAUUCUGCUCUUCUACGGCUGCCUUCUUCAAUGACAACUAGAGACAAGCUGAAAAUGGUAGCUCAUGCUAUUGAUGUCUUAGGAGUGAGAGACUGUCAGGAUACAAUUUUUGGCAAUGCUUUCUACUCUGGUUUGUCUGGAGGCGAAAAGAAGAGAGCCAACAUUGCAUGUGAGCUGCUGACAGACCCAGCAAUACUGAUGCUCGAUGAACCAACUUCUGGUCUUGAUUCGAGCACUGCUCUUAGUCUUUUGAAGACUCUUCGUCACUUGGCAAUAAGAGAAGACAAAACACUUAUUGCUACUAUCCACCAGCCGUCAACUCAGUGUUACUAUGAGUUUGAUAAAUUGCUUCUAUUGUGUGAAGGAAAGGUUGUUUACUGUGGACCGACCAACACAGUCAUCGAUUAUUUCACUUCGAUUGGGUUUUCUUGUCCAGCUCACUACAAUCCUGCUGAUUAUGCUUUGGAGUUGGUGACAGGUGAUGAGUCACAACGAAACAGAUUAACCGAAUCAUGGACAACAAGGACUACGUCUUUCCUUGCCAUUCCAAAACAACUGGAAGCAAUACCAAACGAUGAUACACCGAUUCACGCAUUCAAGAAUACACAGAAGAAACCUUACCACAACAACGAGUCCUCAGAAAGAUUCAUGUCGAAGGCUAAUGGAUGUGUCACUAAUUCUCAUCUGCUUGCUGAAGCUAAUAGCCAGCAGUUGCAACGUCAGGACAGCUACUCGGACGCCAUUAAUGCUGUGUUUGUUGCUGUGGAUUCUGGCAAGUCAGCCUAUGAUGUUGCAGAGACGCACAAGUUUCCAACUAGCUUUAGGAUGCAACUCAACGUUUUGUCUCAGCGUUCUUUUCGUCAAGCAAAACCGGACAUCCUUAGCAAGCUCGGCUUCAUUCAAAAUGUUUUAGUUGCUUUAGUUGCCAGUUUGAUUUGGUUCCAAGUUCCUCGUGAAGAGAAGAGUAUUCGAGAUCGAACGUCAUUUUUCUUCUUUCAUGCAACUUACUGGGGAUUCCAACCAGUUGGCCAGGCAGCUUUGGCAUUUUCUCAAGAAAAAGCAGUUGUCAUGAAGGAACGAGCUGCUGGUUCAUAUCGCCUUUCAGCAUACUAUCUUUCCAAGUGUUUCAGUGAAAUACCACUGAUUAUUGUUUUACCAUUCAUGGAGUUCACAAUUGCCUACUUCAUUGCUGGCAUGCAUGGUCCAGGUCAAUGGAUUCUGUCAUUUUUCAUUCUUGUCGUCAGUUGCUUUGCAGCCCAGUCUCUUGGAUUAUUUGUUGGAGCUCUGAUUUCAAACUUGAAGGAAGCUCUCACUGCAUCUCAAAUCGCAUUGCUAGCAUCGAUGCUUGUGGGUGGCUUUUAUGUUUUGAAUUUACCAGCGUGGAUUCAAUGGAUACAAUACCUCUCAUUUAUUACUUACACAUUUGAUGCUUUCCUGGGUCUGGAGUUUACAGACGCCUCUCCGUUCAGGUGUGAUCCCGUUCAAUCAACGUUUGCUGUGUGCAAGAACGUUAACAGUACGUCUACUAUUACUGGAAAUGGUUUUGACUACCUCAUCUCUGGUGGAGAUAUCUUACGAGACCUGAAUGUCACUCUUACUCCAUGGCAGUGUGUCCUCAGUAUAAUAUUGUAUAGUCUAGGUUUUCGUAUCUUGACUUACUUGGCAUUGCGGUACCUCCACAAACCAAAAUAGCUUCUCUAUUUUCAAUGCAAUAGGCAAAGACAUUUUUGUAUUUGCUUUGAUAAUACGGUGAUGUACGAAAUUAAAUUCUAUUAUUAUACACUGCAAUGAGAUAUAAAUUCUCGUGUACUAUA